AGGCACAGGCAAUCCGCGUCCGUCUCAAGCAUCCGCACUCCGUAGGAGGACGAAGAAAUGCUCAUCACGCAGCGAGCAGCCGGUGCACAGACCAUCACAUUAGCGGUGUCUGCUAUCUUACGCACUUGGUGAAGCAAAUGAGGGCUGUAGUUCAGCGAGUCCUCUCUGCAAGCGUUGAGGUUGAUGGGCACACGAUAUCGGAGAUCGGCCCCGGCCUCCUCGUCCUCGUCGGUCUUCACGAAGCUGAUGUAGAAUCUGAUGCAGACUACAUAUGUAGGAAAGUAUUGAACAUGAGGCUAUUUCCAAAUGAGAAGAGCGGAAAAGCAUGGGACCAAAAUGUCAUGCAGAGGAAUUUUGGAGUUCUCUUGGUGAGCCAGUUUACUUUAUUUGGCAUUCUAAAGGGCAACAAGCCAGAUUUUCAUGUGGCUAUGCCACCUCAGAAAGCAAAGCCCUUCUACGAUUCUCUAGUCGAUAAAUUUCGCAAAUCAUACAACGCAGAUUCCAUAAAAGAUGGUGUUUUUGGAGCAAUGAUGAAGGUUCACUUGGUAAACGAUGGACCUGUUACCAUGCAGCUUGAUUCAUCACAUUUACUACCAUCCAAGAAUAAUACAAGUGAGGUGGUAGAAGAGGAGCCAGAACCAUGAUUGCUUUAGUCCUGCUUGAAUAAUGCAAAAUCAGUAUUAGGCACUGUGGGUGUGUAUGGAUACAUCAUACAUUAUCAAAUCAAAGUACAAGUUGUAAGUGGAAAUUAACCAAAUUGCAGUUUUCAGUAGGACUGAAAAGGAGCAAAACUCGAGAAUGGGGGCUCUUUCCUCAUUACAAGCACUCUGAAGCCAUCAUUAAGCUGUGUCGUUUCCUCUUGAUUAAAGCUGAAUGUUUAACAAUUCCGUUCA